AUGCAAAGAGGCUUGUCAGCCACCAGCGGGGGACAGAUGGCCAAGUGGCGGAUCACUGUGACAACCACUGGUCCCAGACAAGAGAAUAUAGCCACGUCAUCCCAACCACAACAAGUGCAGGCCUAUUCAUUCUUUUAUGGCCGCUAUCGGCUUCCGCCAGCAGAGGGCGCCCUACCUCGGCCCUCUGGGAGCGCCUCCGCCCCCCUCGCCGCUGAUGUUCAUUUCUCCCCGGAGGGACAAGCUGGCAGACGGCCUCAGAGGACGGUCACCGUGUCGGAGGGAGUAGACGGCGUCAUGUGGCCCUUCUUGCCGCUGCUGCUGCUCGCUGUGCUGCGACCCUGCGCCGCCGCCGGAGCCGACCUGGUGCAGAAGUGCAACUCAUCCACGGAGGACACCAUCUACAGAUACCAAGCACGGACCCUGAAUGGAAGCAAACCCGUGAGCUUCGCUGACUUCGCCGGGACGACCGUCCUCUUUGUCAACGUCGCCACAUACUGAGGGUUGACCUUUCAGUAUGUAGAACUGAAUGCACUGCAGGAGGAGCUGAAGCCCCUCGGUUUCACUAUUCUAGGCUUUCCCUGCAACCAGUUUGGCAAACAGGAGCCGGGGCAGAGACAUGAAAUCCUGCUGGGUUUGAAGCACGUCCGACCAGGCAAUGGAUACGUUCCAAACUUCCCGCUGUUUGAGAAGGGUGACGUGAAUGGAAAAUACGAGCAACCGGUUUUCACGUUCCUCAAAAGCUCCUGCCCUCCCGUCGGAGAUGACUUCGGCACCCCCACCGGCAGGCUGUUCUGGGAGCCUCUGAGAACCGGCGACAUCAAGUGGAACUUUGAGAAGUUUCUGGUGGGACCCGAAGGAAAAGCCGUGAUGAGAUGGCACCCGCUCGUCAACGUGUCCACGGUCCGAACCGACAUCCGCAAUUACCUUAUUCAACGCUACACACAGGAAUUGCUCAAUUAAAAGUGAUCCCUGUUUAAUGUUGUCCUUUUAAAAAAAGAAAAUGACGUAGCAGUAGUCAGAGCACAGUAGAUAGCAGACAGGAUGGUGAUGGGACAAGGUUCUGAUGCACGAAGAUGGCACGUUGAAUGAAGAGGAGGCUUGAAAACAGGAAGCCUGUGGAGCCUCCUCGGAGCCUGGGGGGCGCAGGGAAGCUUUUCAGUGCAUUCAAGCUGCCCUGUGAUCCCUCAGCACCAUGGCAUCUUCUCAUCCCAGGACCUGUUUGCCAUUACAGCAACAUCUGUGUCGUUCUUUAGCUUCAAUAAAUCAUUAAGAAAGCC